AUGAGUGACUUAGAACAACAAUAUCAACAAGAGCAAGACCAUCACUUCGUCGUGAAAAAUGGUCAAGAAUCCCAAGGUGCAGGAAGUGCUCAUUACAAAGACAAUAAUAUUACUGAAGUUGUUGCAGACGGAGAAUACAUCCAAUUUGGUAAUGAAAAGUAUCGUCGUGAUGAAUUGGUUGAAGCAUUUGGUGGUACCUUGAAUCCUGGUUUAGCUCCACCACCAAAGCACAAUUUAGCCAACCCUGCACCAUUAGGAUUGUCAGGUUUCGCGCUUACUACUUUCUUGCUUUCUUUGAUUAAUGUUCAGGCCAGAGGUGUCACUAUUCCAAACAUUGUUGUUGGAUUGGCAUUCUUCUACGGGGGUGCCGCACAAUUAGUUGCCGGUAUGUUUGAGAUUGCUCUGGGAAACACAUUUGGUGGUGUUGCUUUGAGUUCUUAUGCCGGUUUCUGGGGUGGAUGGGCUGCCCUUUAUGUUGAUAGUUUUGGUAUUGCAGCUGCUUAUGAAGACGAAAGAGAAUUUGCUAAUGCUGUGGGUAUAUUCCUUGUGGGGUGGUUUAUUUUUACGUUCUUUAUGAUGUUAAUGACUUUGAAAUCUACUGUGGCCUUUUUCUCGGUCUUUUUCUUCCUUUCUAUUACGUUUUUGCUAUUGGCGAUCGCGGAAUUUAAGACAGAUGGUAUUGCAAUCAAAAAAGCCGGUGGUGUAUUUGGUCUUCUUACUGCGUUUGCUGCUUGGUAUAAUGCCUACGCUGGUAUUGCUAAUAGUCAGAACAGUUAUAUCACUGUUAAGGCUAUCCAUUUGCCUGAUUUACAAGCCAGAUAA